AUGGGCGCAGAAACCGACUUGGCUGGCAUUCGCCCCUUCAGUCGAGAGCAGGGAAUGGAGACAAGAAUCAUCGGUGGUCAGGAGGCCUGGGCCCACUCGUGGCCGUGGCAGGUGUCUCUUCGCUUUGCCACCAUGGCGGCUUGUGGGGGAGCCAUCAUUGACCCGUUGUGGGUCGUCACUGCUGCGCACUGUUUUAAAAGGUAUAAAAAGGCCUCUCACUGGACUGUGCUGGCUGGAAAACAUGACCUAGAUAAUUCUCAUGAGACUGGUCAACAGCUGGUGGGGGUCUCCAGGAUCAUUAACCACGAGGGCUACAACAUUAGGACAAAGGAGAACGACGUGGCGCUGCUGAAGCUCCAGGACCCACUUGUGUUCGGCCAGUAUGUCAGGCCAAUAGCAAUAUGGAUGAAAACGCUGGAGCCUUCCAGGAAAUGCACCAUCACCGGCUGGGGCGCAACCAGAGAAAACGGUCCGAGGGUGAAUAGACUGCAGGAGGUGAAUGUGACCUACAUAUCCUCUGAGAUCUGUAACCAGUACUACCGGGGAAGGAUCCGGACUUCCAUGUUCUGUGCUGGAGAGCCAGAGGGUGGUGCUGAUGCCUGCCAGGGCGACUCUGGGGGUCCCCUAUCCUGUUAUUCUGGCAGCAGGUAUAAACUGGCAGGGAUUGUGAGUUGGGGAGUCGGCUGUGGAAGGUCCAGGAGGCCAGGGGUCUACACUAAACUACAGGACCAAGCUGGAUGGCUCUCUGGAGACAAGAAUAUGACGAAUGGGGAUUCUGGCCUCAUGUCUGGGGACAAUUCAGAGAUUUGCGGUGAGGCGGAGAAGCCAACCUGUCGACUUGGGCCCACCCUGGCCAGAUUGACUGAAUCCCAGGGGGAUGAGGUUAAGGUGGGCAGUGUAACGGAGGCCUGCCCCAACUCUUGGCCCUGGCAGGUCAGCCUGCAGUCUGGAGGCAGGCACUACUGUAGCGGUACUCUGAUCCACAGACGCUGGGUACUGGUACCACAACACUGUCACACCAAAGCUCGAGAUGACACAGUGGUAUUAGGAGCUCAUGACCUGCGGUUCAUGUCGACCCAGAGCAUCCCGGUGGACGAGGUGUUCAGCCUGCCCCAGAACGGAAGCUUCCCCCCCGCUUCGGACCUCUCCUUGCUCCGCCUCAGUGUGCCUGCCAGAUUCAGUGCUUCUGUAUUUCCGGUCUGUGUCCCUGACGAUGAUGUACAGCUUGAUGACAGCUGGUCCUGUGUUACAACAGGCUGGGGGCGCACAAAAGCAACAGUAAAGGGGGAUUCUGGUGCUUCUCUGCUCUGUCAGAAACGUGGGGUCUACUACCUCUUUGAGCAUAAUGUUUUCCUGAAAAACUGUCUAAACCAGCAGUUACGUACGGUGGCCGACAAGGGCCAAACGCACUGCAACGGCAUAAUGCGUCUCAGUUAA